AGUCGUAUGGAUUACAGUGCAGGAUUAAUUUCGGUGACACCACGUUUCGGAGCCCAACAACUAAGAUGAAGAGUGUUUUGUUGAUAGCAUUGCUAGCAGUUACCUAUGUGUAUGCAACUGUAGAUCUUUCUGAAGCUGAAUUUAGAAGACCAAAAGAAAAUGCGUCAAAUCUACGCUUGAUCUUAGGAUCAAAGAGUGGCGGUGAUGACAGGCUUUUGUCCAAGACAUAUCACUAUGUUGAGAGAUCACAUAAGAUCGCUCACAGACAAGAAAUACUUAUACGCUUGGUGGACUACGCCAGAAUUACAAGAGUUGAGGGCUGGCCCGGUAAUCCGGAUCUAGGACUGACCGUAUUAGAAGGAGGUCUUGGACAAAAUUUCAUCAAACUAGGUUAUGUUACUGAAGAAAAUAUGGAUUUCUCUUACACAAUUGAUGUAUACGGUGUGCUGGCAUGCGAUGAUUAAAUAAAAUAACUAGGUAGAUCUAAUAAAUAAAAUGUUGUCAAAAUAUUUUUUUGUAUUAUUUU